AUGAUUCUUGAUAAAGAAAACCAACUGAAUAUCGAGCUAAUCGGCGAAUCCUCAAGGUAACCAAGCAAAAUGAGAUACAAGUUGCUUGCCUCAACCGUCGUUGCUUUAGCUGCUUUCUUCAUUGCCUUCUAGACUGUUAGCAAUGGGUCGGAUGAACUUGAACUCCAAAAUCCAACUACUCUAACUUACAUGGAAAUCAACCUUGGAGAAUGGUAGAAACUUACCUCUUUUGGACUAUUUUCAACACCAAUAAGGAGUCUACAUGUAUCUCCUAAAGGAGACAUCUAUGUCCUAUAAGAUCAACCACCCAAUUAUAGAUACGAAUAGUCAAGCUUGAGAAGGUACAGCUUCAAGUACGAUUCGUUUGAGGGUGCUGUAUUGUGGUUUCUACCCAGAUCAUUGGAGGCUAAAAUCUUCUUGAGCUACUUGCUCAGUGAGAAAUAUGUUGCCUUGGUGAGAGCGGACAACUCUGUUUUAAACAAGCGAUCAUUGGAAGGUGAACCAUUCAGUGCUACCAGACUUUGCUACAGAGCAUCCUAAGAUGGAUUUAGUUGUGAUCUCUUUUCGAGCUAAUGCCGUGAUAAGGGCCCAUCAGUUACUAUUGUAAAGACUACAAAAGGAAAAGUAUUCGGCGGAUAUAAUCCAAUAUCCUGGUAAAAUACUCCUUUAAGGCCAGAUUCAACUCCAAGAGCAUUCGUAUUUAUUCUUGAUAGAGGUCUUAUUCUUCGUUCACGAUAUCCAAAAUCUCCUUCUAUUAAAAACACAUGCUGCGGGCCAAGUUUUGAUAUUGACUUUACUCUUGAUCUUAACUUUCCGGAAUCUCAAUACACUCGCUUUGGUUCCACAUACAAUGGAAUUAAUUAUUUUUCAUUGGAUGCUGAAAGUUUUCUAGCUGGAGAACCGAAUUAUCAUUUAGCAGAUGUGGAGGUUUACACUCUCUCUUGA